AUGGUCCUCUUCAAACGUAAGCCGGUCCAGUUCCUGGUGCCGCCGGCCAUAGAGGAUGAGUCCGACGAGGUGUGGCUGAUCCCCCAGACGGGGGAGGUCUUUGCUACCUAUGAAGACUACUUGACCAGGAUGGACUUUUAUAAACAGCGUCGCUUCAUCUGCCAGAUCACAGGCCACUCCGGCCUUACUUUCUUCGAGGCAUUGGAGAGCGAGACUGCCGGCGCCCAAGAGGUCGAGCAAGCUUUCCCCGAGCCCCUCAAGGGACCAAUCCUUCGACGCGUCCAAUUCCAGACCGUGUCUCGAAUCGAUCACUUGGUCGACCAGAUAUACGACGAAUUCAAGACAGAUUAUUACCCCGGCGAGACAGUCACCGUAAACAUUCACACGGGGGAGCGGUUGCAAGGCAUCGUGCGCGACAAGACUAGGUUCGGCAGUAAGGUGCUCCCGGACGGUACUCUGACGCCACCCUUCUCACGAUACUUUGUCAGCCUGGUGGAACGACCGGAUGAGGAAGCUGUUGUCGACGAUUCGCACAUGUCCCGUGACCGUAGGACAUUUACGAAGUCCGUUCUGCGAUCCUUCAUCAAGAAGACAGUCACAAGAGAAGCGUGGAAUGGUGCGCCCUGGCUUGUCAAGCAUGACAUUGCCAAUCAAUACAAAAUUGACACGCGUGUCCCGCCGCAUUUGCGCUACGAUACCAAGUUGAUGGAGCGAAAACAGGUCCAAGCGCAGAAGAGGAUGGUCCACCCGCAAGACAUGAAUGGCUUGAACAAUGCAUUCACAAAUAACGGGCCCGUGCGAUUACCAGAGCUCAAGCCCGCACACACCAAGGCGCAGAAGGGCAAGCAGGGCCAGGGCCAGGGAGGCAAGGGCAACAAGCAUCAUGGACCUGAGCCUGGCGCAUUUGUACAUCUCCCUCUUCCCGGUAACCCCUUCCAAUUUGGAGUUCCUUACCGAAAUCAUGGAGCCAUGACGCCAGUAUUCACGCCAGAACCCCCGCCGCCUCCUCCACCUCCGAAGUACCCGAUCGAAGAUCUACAGCUUGAGCCGAGAGAUAUUGUCCGACCUGCACUCAAAUACUUAUGCAAUGACCCCCCUGUUGAGGUCAAAGACCGGUCCCCUUUGGGCGACAAGAUUCGAAUGAACUCUGUUGGACCCCUCUUGGAGACCUGGGAUACGCUCAAUGUGUAUUGCGAGAUUUUCAAAUUGGAUUCUUUUACGUUUGACGACUAUGUCGAGGCACUUCAGAUUGCGUCAGAAGAGACUCCUUGUCAGCUCUUCGAUGAGAUUCACUGCGCAGUCUUGAAGGUCCUAGUUAAUUCCGAAGCUGACGGAGGCAAAGUACAAUUCAAACUUCCCGAGCUAGAGGAAGACGACGAGGACGACGAGGAAGAAGAAGAUGAGGAAGAGGAUGCUGAUAGCGAUGCGGAUCCGGAGCCGCAACCAACGGGCCGUGCGACUAGAAGCAGUAUGGCCAAACUUGAAGCGGAGAGGCUCGCAGCUGAGGUUGCAGCAGCUCAGAAGGAAAGUGAAGAGGCGGAGAAUGCACCAAAACAUCGAGCUGAGGAUGUUCUUGCCGAUUAUGAUUGGCUCGACCACCUGAGGAAACGUGACUUCAAGGACGGCGGCUGGGAGUUGAUCAUGGUCGGACUGUUGCACCAACUCUCCCACACCACUAAACAAAGUCUCCACGCGUCAUGCGAGGAGCUCCUUAUUCAGUUGGUCCCGAGGGAUGUCGAGGCUACUCAGGAGACAGUUCGUCAGCACUACGCUGCUCUCGAUGUCAACUACCGCAUUCAGGCACUGCAAAUCAUCUGCAUGCUCACCGCCGAGACUAAGGCUAUCCGCGCUUACAUGGAGGACUGCAGUGAGCAGAUGACAGCUUUCAGAAAGGAGAAGAUUGACUGGCAAAGACAGCGGAAACAAGCUAUGGAAGAGUUGAAGCAGUUGAAUGACCAACGCAAAAUACUUUUGCCCGACAAUAUACCAAAUUCACCUUCAGCAGAGGCCGUCAAUGGCCAUGUUGACGUAGAGAUGAGCGGCGUCGAAGAGAUGACACCUGCUGAGGACGAAGUGGCUGACAGCGAUGACGAGGCUCCUCGUGGCCGCAGUCUCCGACGAGCCCAGGACCGAGCUGCUGAACGCCAACAAAAAGAGAAAGAACGUCUGGAGAAGAAGGAAAAAGCGGAGGCUGCCAAGGCUUCUAAGCAAUCCAAGCAGUUCGCCAAACUCCUCAAGGAGAUUCAGAAGAAGGAAGAGUUCAUCAGCAAGUGCGAAGAGGAAGUCGCCGUCAUAGACAAUGAUCUUCGAGAAGCUGACUGUCCGCGAACGAGAGUCCUGGGCAAGGAUCGUUUCUGGAAUCGGUAUUACUGGUUUGAGCGCAACGGAAUGCCCUACGGCGGUCUGCCUGACAGCUCAACUGCUUCGGCAGACUACGCCAACGCUUGUCUCUGGAUACAGGGUCCCAGCGACUUGGAGCGUGAAGGUUAUAUCGAUAUGCAGCCUGAUUAUCAGAACGAGUACAAGGCAAAGUUCAACAUGACUGUACCAGAGCGAAAGAAGAGAGAAGAAGGCGAGACGAGCGUGUACACUUCAAAACAAUGGGGCUACUAUUGUGAGCCUGAAGAUGUCGAGAAGCUUCUAGAGUGGCUUGAUCCGCGGGGCUACAACGAGCUGAAGUUGCGCAAGGAGAUCUUGAACUUCAAGGAGAAGAUUAUCAAGCACAUGAAAAAUCGCAAGGCUUACUUGAACCCAGGCGACAAGGAAGAGAAGAAGGACGAUUCUAAGCGGAUGAGCACCCGAACAAGGAAUGCUCAGACCCCUGAACCAAGACAUUAUCGCUGCCUAGACUGGGAGAAUACUACCGCUAUGGAGGAGCUUGGCCAUCUGCACAGCGAGCAACCUCCGCCUCCCCAGUCAAGAAAGAGGGGCAGGAAGAAGGAGACCAUCGAAGCCGCGCCGCCGCCAAAGAAGGGUCGGCAAGGCACACGCUAUAAUUUCUAA